AUGACACAAACUUCAAAGGCUUUGACAUCAGCAGAAAUCAUCAGCUCAAACACAGUUAAAACAUCUACCUCUAUACCUCUCUCAAAUGCCACUGUCACUGUGACAAUACCAUCUACAACUCCUCAGUGCAGAGAUGAGGACUGUCAGUGUAACGGGGGAGAGUGUAUAUUCAACACGACACUAGGCAGAUGUCACUGCCAUUGUCAAGAAUCAGUCUAUGGAGAUUCCUGUGUUUUUGGACAGAACAACACCAACCCUAAUAUUGAUACCGGAGCAAUACCAAUUCGACAAGUAAAUGUUAUGUUGAAAAUCAACAUGACUUUUGUGGAUGCUUAUUCUAAGUUAAACUCACCUGAGUCAUUGAAGUUCAUCAAUACGUUAACAGAGGAGCUCGAAGCUCUGUGCAAAGAAGCGGAUCCACUGGCCUUUAAAAAAGUACAAAUCAAAAAAUUAAUACCAGGAAGUGUUGUUGCAGAGAGUGUAGCGGAGUACAACUAUCUGAACAAUGAAACACAAAUCCACUUUGUCAACAAUGAGCUAGAUGGUGUGUUGACCAACAUCUUGAAAGACACAAGCAACCUCAAUAAGAUUUCUCGGGCAUUUGAUAAUGCCAGUGUGCAGUUAAAUGGACUCAUUUUCCAGUCACCUGAGAUUAAAAAUAUCACAGACCUGAAGCCUUUUGUUAACUGCAGUCGGUUUGCUAAUUACACUGCUGAGAUUAGUAAUGGUCAAUGGCAGUGUGUCGGACCUUGCAAAACAAACCCUGAUUACUGUCAUCAACAUGGGGAAUGUGUUAAUGACAUUCACAAAGGGCCCAUUUGCCUGGAAACAUUUACAACACCAACCAGCCAGGAAUCUUCUACAACAAAAAUAUCCUCACCCACAGGGGCACAGUCUACAUCUUUCCCCUACAAAUACAGAGGUUUCAUCCAAUUCACCCUCUUCAUCGCCUACAAUGCGUACUCACACAAACACAACUCAGCUACCACCUACCAGCCAGGAAUCUUCUACAACAAAAAUGUCCUCACCCACAGAAACACAGUCUACAUCUGUGACAAUGGUGACACCCAGAGGAACAACUGA